AUGACCACCGACGCGCUCCCCACCUUUGCUGACGUCGAGGCCGCCGCCAAGCGCAUCGAGGGCGUCGCGCACAAGACGCCCGUGCUCACCUCGACCACGGCCAACGCGCUCCUCGGCGCGGAGGUCUACUUCAAGGCCGAGAACUUCCAGCGCAUGGGUGCCUUCAAGUUCCGCGGCGCGUACAACACCCUCUCGCAGUUCACCCCCGAGCAGAAGAAGGCCGGCGUGAUUGCCUUCUCGUCUGGCAACCAUGCGCAGGCGAUCGCGCUGAGCGCCAAGCUCCUCGGCAUCCCGGCCACGAUCGUCAUGCCGAAGGACGCGCCGCCCGCCAAGCUCGCCGCCACGCGCGGCUAUGGCGCCGAGGUGGUCACGUACGACCGCUUCACGGAGGACCGAGACGCCAUCUCCCGCCGCAUCGCUGCUGAGCGUGGUGCGACCGUUGUGCCGCCAUACAACCACAACGGUGUGAUCACCGGCCAGGGAACAGUCGCGUACGAGCUGCUCAAGGAGGUCCCAGAUCUCGACUACAUCUUCGCCCCCCUCGGCGGUGGUGGCUUGCUCUCGGGCACGAUCCUCGCUGCCAAGGGCCUCGCGCCGAACGCCAAGGUGUACGGCGUCGAGCCAGCUGCCGGGGACGACUUCCAGCAAUCGUACCGCAAGGGCGAGAUUGUCAAGAUCCCAGUCCCCAAGACGAUUGCAGACGGUGCGCAGACCCAGGCGCCAGGCGAGAUCACGUUCAAGAUCGUGUCGGAGGGCGUGGCGGACAUUCUCACCGCCACCGACGAGCAGCUCGUCGAGUCGAUCAAGUUCUACGCUGAACGCCUCAAGAUUGUGGUGGAGCCUACUGGCGCAUUGUCGCUCGCGGCCGCUCGCCACGCUGGCAUCGACCUCAAGGGCAAGAAGGUCGGCAUUAUCAUCAGCGGUGGUAAUGUCGACUUGGUCAAGUGGGGCAAGUACUUGAGUGAGGGCUUGCCCAAAGAGGAGUGA